AUGGUGUGUGGUAUCUUUUUAGCACUGAUAGCAUCAUGUCUCCUUAUUGGAGUGUCAAACACGCAGGACAACAACAACAGGACAGGUGUGUACUGUUGGGAGUGCACUAUUUCCAAGUCCAUGGAUAAUAGAGUCAUCAGCAUGUGGGACGAGGUAGAUAAAGAACAAGUUUAUGGAAACCAGUGCAAGGCCCACCAGUGUCAGAACGGGCAGGACUGGUGCCUGGUAACUUAUUACCGGAUAAGAGGGGAGGGCAGCGAGAUGGAGAGCAAGAAGGAGCGACAUCAAUGUGGCAGCAGGAAUGAUAGGGACCGAGACACAGCAUGCCAAGGAUUACUGGCAGAAGAUAAAGAUCACAAUAGUAUAGUUCCUAGGACAUGCAAGACAAAGAGGUUUAAAAAAGAUGAUUCAGAUGAUGUUGUGCAGUACUGUUGGGAGUGCACUAUUGCCAAGUCCAUGGAUAAUAGAAUCACGAGCAUGUGGGACGAGGUUGAUAAAGAAGCGGUACAAGGAAACCAGUGCAAGACCCACCAGUGUCAGAACGGGCAGAACUGGUGCCUGGUAACUUAUUACCGGACAAGAGGGGAGGGCAGCGAGAUGGAGAGCAAGAGAGAGCGACAUGAAUGUGGCAACAGGAAUGAUAGGGAUCGAGACGCACGAUGCCAAGCACUACUGGCAGAAGAUAAAGAUUACAAUAGUAUCGUUCCUAGGACAUGCAAGACAAAAAGGUCUCGCAAGUCCUUCCAUUAAAACUGUAAAAGUUCGGUCCUGGAAAUUUCAUCUUCAAAAACUGAAAAUGGGACAGAGAAUGAAUGGACAAUUUAUGAUUUUUUAAUUUUCUUCGGCAUUUUGACUUCCAGUACCUUAAUUUGGUUUCAUACCAUUACCAUCAUCAAUUAACUGACUAAAGUAGAGUCGGAUUACCCUUUAGUUCUUGAAAGUUGGUAACAGUUACUUUGUUGUUGUUGGUUGGGUAUAGUAAUAAUAGCACGGUGCUAGUCACUAGCACCUAAUGAUUAAUAUCUUAAUGUUAACGAUAUCUAUUAGA